UUCAAAGCAAUAUAUAGAAAUCAAAUACACAGAGAAAGGUUAUCAGGCAUUUUAUGAAACUGCAACAAAUGGUGGCAAAUCUUCCUGCACUUCCUCCCCUCAAUAACAACAAUGGCUUGCCCUCCUCAAACACCGACGCUUCUCUUCCUAACUCCUCCAUCGUUAACCUCGACCGGGGAGAUACAGUGUUGUUGGAGUCGUACUGGAGGAAGAUGAGCGAGGAGUGUACGGUGGAGAUAAAGGGGUGGGAGUUUCUGAGUUAUGCCAGUGAUUUGAAGAGUGUGUGUUGGUUUAUGAUGCCGGAGCUCAGAGACGCCCUUAAAAGGCUUCAUGCUUUGGUUGGCAACGCUGAGACCAGCGAUAGGCACAUUGUGGUCGGCAAUGGCUCCACGCAGCUAUUUCAGGCAGCUCUCUUCGCUCUCUCGUCUUCGUCGUCUUCUUCCGAUGACCCUAUUAACGUGGUCGCCGCCGCUCCUUAUUAUUCGGGUUACCCAGACGAGACAGAUCUAGUGCGGUCAAGCCUACACAAGUGGAGUGGGGACGCAAAGGAGUAUGAUAAGAAUGAAGCAUACAUAGAGAUAGUGACGUCUCCCAAUAACCCAGAUGGCAGUCUCAGAGGACCUGUGGUGAGCAGCAAAUGUGGGGUUGAAGGAAAGCUAAUUCACGACCUUGCUUAUUACUGGCCUCUCUAUACUCCCAUUACUCACAAGGCCGAUCAUGAUCUUAUGCUCUUCACUCUCUCCAAAUGCACUGGUCACUCUGGUUCUCGCAUUGGGUGGGCGAUCGUGAAAGACAUAGAUAUUGCGAAGAAGAUGACCACAUUUAUAGUGCUGAACUCCAUUGGCGUGUCCAAAGAAUCCCAAACUCGAGCUGCUAAAAUAAUGGAAGUUGUAUGUGAUAGCUAUCAGAGAUACAGAUUUGAUGGGUCAUCUAAGGAAUCUGAGUUGUUCUUUGAGUAUAGCAGAGGCAUUUUGAAAGAGAGGUGGCAGAAACUGAGGGAAGUUGUCAAACAAAGUGAUGGUUUCAUCGUGCCCAAGUUUCAAACAGCCUACUGUAACUUCACCAACCAAUCAUUUGAAACAUAUCCUGCUUUUGCGUGGUUGAUGUGUAAGAGGGAGGAAGAUUGUGGGAGCUAUCUGGAAAAGAAAUUGAAAGUAGUUGCCAGAAGUGGGAAGCGAUUCGGAAGUGAUCCAAGGUAUGCCAGAAUCAACAUGUUGACCACAGGAGACGACUUCGAUGAAUUCUUAGAGAGACUCUCAAACAUCGAAGACAUUUAGAUAUACAAUGAAUACAUGUAUGCUCGAAAGAGUGGGAAAAUGUUUGGCCAGCGGGUCCAGUAACUUGGGUUGCUAUAAUUUUACAUUUCAUACUAGAAGUUAAUUCCAAUUAUUAGACAAGGAGAACAUAAACAAUAUUAGAAUUUAAUUUUCCAUUAAUGAAAGUUAAACCAUAUACUACCUCUUGCUUUAAAUAUUAGAGCUAGUUUAUAAUAUAAAUUACACUACAAAUUAACUCUUAUAUUCAGGAUCGGAGGUAGUAUUACAUGUAAUAUGAUAUCAGUUGCAUUAUAUUAUUCAUGACUUAUUGUGAGUAAUUUUACUUGUUUGAAUGACAUUUCGUUAAAUUUCAA